AUGGACUUUCUCGACAGUUUAAAGGACGGAAUCAAGAAAAUGACACCUGGCUCGUCCAAUAAGGCACCGGCAGGAUUUGGAGGAGCAGGAGGGAUUAGCAGCUCUGGAGCCUUGGGCUUUGAAGAUGAUAUGAUCAUCUCAAAACCAGCUAUAGUGUUUCAUGUCUCCCAAAUAUUCUUCAAUUUUCUCGCUAUGGCAUGUUUCGCCAGUGUCGCUGCAUUUCAAGCGAAAUGGGGUGUAGGGCCAUCUGGCCUCUCUGGAUUCACGCUCUUCAUCACAAUCUUAGGCAUGCUUCUUUCGGCAUUUAUGCUUGUGAUCCCUGUUCUAUACGAAAAGUACGACAAAUUUGUGCGAGUCGCCCGCGCGCUGAAGGAAGUCCGAGUCGGCUUCAUAUUGACUGCAACAGGUUCCAUCGCGAGCUUGCUGAUUGCCUUUAUUGUAACCAUUUCUGCGUGGACGGAACCUGGAUGCAAAAAUCCUGACAACGACCCUCAUGCUGACAAAGGUGAUGCUUUCAAGUCUGGGCUGUCUGGAUGGUGUAGUACGAAGAAAGCAGCCGCAAUAUUCCUGUGGCUCGCGUUUGUGUUUUGGGCAGCAUCGGUUAUUCUCUUGAUAAUAAAUUGGCGUCAGGGAAAGUUACUUGGUCCCCGCGAUCCCCCCUUCCAACACCCUGCUGAUGAAGAAUACCAUAUGGGACAAACACAAGAUGAGGAUGAGGAUGAUGGGUUUACUCAUAUCCCUCCUGCAGAUAGUAUUCCUUCAAAUGCUACCACCACCGCUCCAGCAGGCUCGAAUCCGUUCUCUGACUCAAAUCGUUACUCGGGUGCCCCCUCCGGGACGCCCGCAUACUCUUCUUAUGCCGCCCCGUCAUAUAUACCUCCCGUUUCGCGACCAAGUAUGGACGCUUAUGGAGCUUUCUCUGACCCUCCACCUUCUGGCUUCGGACCUACCGCUGCUGCUCCAGCACGUCCUUCUCCUGCAGUCGCCGCCGCACCGCCUUCCCUUCCUGAACCUGACCUCGGACCCCAAGUGAGUCGGACGAUGCAGUAUGCUGAUCCUUAUGCUGCUGUUCGCGCAUCGUUGGCGGGCCAACAAUCGCAACAAGCUGCUGCUGGAGACACUUCACCCUCUUAUGGCGCUGCCCCAACCUACGAUGCUUACACCGGAUAUCGUUGA